AGUCUGUGAAUUCCCUGUCAUUGACAGCCUUCAAGGAGAGAUGGGGUGGGCAUUGUUUAAAGACAUCGUAGAGGGGAUGUAUGAUUUGGGUUGGGACUGCAUGAGCUAGGCUUAUCAGUCUCUUCCAUAUAUUCAUAUGACUCUCUUUGAGCCUAAUUUUCUUCAUCUGUAAAGGUGAUGGUGAACCUGUACUGCCCACUUCACACAGCAUUUUUUUUUGAGAGAAGCAUUUUGUAACUCUGAAAGGACCAUAGGACUGGGAACUAUGGUCAUUACCUGCACCUCCAUCUGGAAGUCUGUAAGCUCCCCCAUUUUGCCCCCAGGCUCCCCUCCCCCAAUAUCUCCCUUAGGAAUCUCCUGUCCUCUAUACUCUUUGGUCAUCACAAAGGUUCUGGGCCAGGAUUGGCUGGGCAGCAGGCACUGUAUGAUAUCAUGCUGGCCUUUGGUUCAGGUUAGAGGAUGGGAGGGACAGGGCUGCUGUGCCAGACACUGUUGCUAUCCCUUAUGGGCACUAUAGUGGCCACUUUGGAAGGUUCAUGUGAUGACCUGCACAAGUGGCGGCUGCUGCUUGGUGCCUGGGAUAUCCAGUGGGCUGCGUUCGGUCCCCUGGGCCCCCGCGUGCAGGAGCGGAAACCUGUCCAGAUCCUGACGCAUGAGCAACACAGCAUCCAACUCAACACCAAUGACAUCGCACUGGUGGAGAUGGACCACCCCGCCCCCUGUGACGAUGUGGUGCAGAUUGUCUGUCUCCCCAGGUCCGCUGAGUCCCCCAUCCGGGCACCAGAGUCCCGUAUUGUUGCGGGCUGGGGGUUCAAAAGAGUAGCUGGGUCGGCCAAACCAGUUGUGCAGGAAGCAAAGGUGACAGUCAUGGAUUUGGACAAAUGCAACCAAAGCGAUUGGUAUCAUGGGCUUGUUCACUCAAACAACCUGUGUACUAGUUGCUCAGAUGAGAAUAUGGACACUUGACAGGUAAAUCUACUCUUCUGAGGGCCCCCACACUCCUAGUCCUAUGAUCCAGAAAGCUCCUCUUUCAGUCUUUCUGGCUGAACCUGUGCUCCUCCUAGGCUCUGCCCAUUCCUACUAGUUCCCUCCAAUGUCCCAAAGUCCCAUGUCCAGGGAUCCCUUUUGUCCUUCCCCCAUCCUAAUUCUAACCUUCACGCCACUCCACAGGUCCUUUCUCCAAGCCACACAACAUGCUAAUCAUGUCACUGUACAGGAAGAAGAUAGUUGGGAAGCUCAGUGCCCCCCAGUAAGGGCUAACCAGCACAAUCAGUGACUUCCCUCCAGGUACACAUACCUGGAAACUUUUGUCUGAGACCUGGGAGGACCUCUCUGUUGGAACUUUUUCCUCAUGCUCAGAACCUUCCCUGGGUCCACACCAUUUACCCUGAACACCUUAAAUCCCUCUAGCUCCAACUGAGGACCUUGCUUGCAUGCUGAGGGAGGAGUGACCAGGUAUCUAUAGACCAUAGCAAUCCUUUGUCCCAAGGAGACAGUGGGCAUGUGUGCUGAGGCAAUAGUGACCAUGUGUUCAAAGAUAGCAGCAGCUAUGUGUCCUAAGCUAUGGCUGCAUGUUCUGAGAGGAUGAUCAUAUCCCUUCUGUACAGGGAGACAGUGGAGGGCCGCUCAUUUGCAAGGACAAUGACACUAAGGCAUAUGUAAUUCAUGGAAUUGCAAGCUGGGCUGUUGGCUGUGCUCGGACAAACCUGCCAGGUCUCUACAUGUCCACCUGGCACUUUCUGAACUGGAUUACUUCCAAGAUCAAUUCUCUAGGAAGAUGAAGAACCUGUUCUCAGCUGCAGAGACCUUGGCCUCAGCAUCACUGUCUACAGAAAUUCAGGGCAGAGGGGCAGCUCAGGAACCUGAAGAGGAUUUCUUCCACUCAAGCAUCCUGGGGCAACCUCCAAGAUAGGAAAAUGGGGACCCUCCCCCACUUGACCUUGCUGCAUCUGUUCCUCACCCUCCAAGGGGAAGAAGAGCUGCUGUGGGACCGUGACUGCUUCAGCAGUCCUGGGGCCACUCUCUCUCCUGGUCUUUCUGGCUUUCAACUUCAUUGGUUCCAUUUCUUUAGCUGGGGAAGGAAGAAAUAAA